AUGGCAAGCCAAGGCGCAGGCCGAGUGGGGAACCAGAAGGGAGAGAGAGACGUCUCUGACUUUUGGGCCUCCGAGCCCCCAAGCUGCACCCCACGCUCGGGUGCGCUGAGCAGGAAAGGCGCGGUGAUCACCCCGGAAGCACCGCCACCUCCGCCUUGGCUGGGGAGCACCGGCCCCGCACCCGGCUCACACCCGGGAGCGGCAAGGGGCCUGGACCGGGCAUGCACACACUGGACGCCCGGCCGUGUGUUCCGCCCCACCAGGCCUCCCCGGGACUCAGCUCUCCUGCCUGGCAGAGCUCGGGAGAGGCUCCCGGUGUUCACGUUCCAGCACGGGCUCCGGGCGCUGGCCAGGCCCCAGCAGGUGGCCCUGCGCGUGCAGCCCUGGACCCUCGGCCACGGGGGCCACUCACUGGCCCACCCACUGGGCAGUGAAGACACAGCCCCUGCGCCAGCGGCGACGAUCACACGUCACACCGCGCCCCCGCUGCUCCCGCGUCUGACCAUGGCUCCUAAGACGUGCUGGAGGCCAGUCACACCGGAGGUGCUACUUCCACUUCUCCCGGCCAGGCUCACACAGCCUGCAGGCUCUCCCACCCACAGGCAGCGUGUUUCCCAGGAGCUGCACCCACCGGAGCCCGGGCGGCUGUGCGGGUCUCCCGCGGUCCAGCCGGCAUUCCAGCGAUGGUCUCGCAGCUUCGUAAGAAAGCAAAGCAAGCCUUCGGCUCGGUGCGCGUUCCUCGGGCUCCGCGACACCCAGAGGGUCGUGGCAGUUCUUCGGGUCGGGCAGCAGGUGGCAGUGUUGGUCCAGGGACCGCGUCCCCAGCUUGGCCGAGACGCGGACGGCGCCGCCACGAACUCGGCGCGCGGAGAUGGGGCGAGGCGGACCGAGGGCCAGAUCCUCCGGGCGCUUUCCGCGCAUCCCGAGGUCUUAGCGGGGCUGGGGGAGCGGACUGCGAGAGGGGCGCUCGGGCUGCAGGACGGACCGACCGCAGACAGACAGCAGUCCUCUCCGGCCAGGGCGCAGCGCCGGGCAGCUGGCAGCGACAGCGCGCCUGGCCGGGAGACCCCGGCUCGCGCCCACGGAACGGGUCGCAGUCGGGUCGGGCCGCGCUCCCUCUCCCUGCGCGCCGGUCAACACCCUUUCCAAACAGAGCGGCUGAGCGCAGCUGUUUCCGAGCCAAGGGGACGCCGCCCGCUCGCCGGUGCUGCCGGGCUAAUCUCACGCGGAAACCCCGAUUUCUACGGGGACGCACGGGCCACGGUCGCCGAGUCCCUAACUCCCCCAGCGCUUCUCGGAGACCGUGCUCCUCCCCUGUUAGUCGCCGGGAGCCAGCGGCCAGAGCGCAGCCUCUCUAGUUCGCCCCGCAAGGAGGAGGAGAGACGAGGCGGGCGGGGGUGGAGGCCACCGCGCACAGCCCGGGCCCCUCGGAGCACAGCUCGAAAUUCCUUAAGUCCCAGUUGCUGGAAUGCGCAGCCACGACGACUUCAUCACUCGGGGCCAAAUGUGUUUGUCAUUACGCGGGACCACUCGCCCGCGCCGCCGCCGGCGCCCCCGGGAGAGGCGCGCGAUCCCAGCGCUCCCGCCCGCGCCCCUCCGCGGGUCCCGCAGCGCCACCGCGGUGCGGCCUCCGGCCCUGGCUCGCACCGGGCGCAGCGCCGUCCAGUAAUUACGCGCGCUGGGUUGGCGCCAUGUGCACCCGGCCGGCACCCGAGGACGCACUGCCAAGAAGAGGGCAAACACCUCUGCCUCCACCCGCAGCGUUCCUUGGUAUUCGGCCCAGUAUCCAUGAACACCACCCCACCCCCAAAAGAAACCUCAAAAAUGUAAGCCUAAACAAUUUCUUUGGGAGCCCGUAAGAGUGUUAGAAAAACACUACUUUUAAAAAUAGUGCUGGAAAAAUUUUUUUAAUUCGUAGCUUUGCUAAUCCUGCGGUUAUCUCCCCCCCACAGAAACAGAGGCGCCCCAGUGAAUUUAUUCCCAAUAAAUUACUCUCUGGACACACA